GCCCCGCCCCUUUCCCCGCCCCCAAUCGAUGUCUCGGCGGUCGGAGCGCCGAGCCGGUCGAUGGGGCAGCUGAGCGCGCGCUGCCCCGGUCGCUUCCCGCUUCCAGCGCGGAGCCCGGCCUCUCCCUCCAGGUGCGGAGCCGCCCCUUCCGCGGCCAGAGACGAUGCCGCCGAAAUUCAAGCGGCACCUGAACGACGACGAGGUGACGGGCUCGGUGAAGAGCGAGCGGAGGAACCUCUUGGAGGAAGAUUCAGAUGAAGAGGAAGACUUUUUCUUGAGAGGGCCUUCUGGACCAAGAUUUGGACCCAGGAAUGACAAGAUCAGGCAUGUCCAGAACCAGGUGGAUGAAGUCAUCGAUGUAAUGCAGGAGAACAUCACGAAGGUGAUUGAAAGAGGCGAGCGGCUGGAUGACCUGCAGGAUAAAUCAGAAAGUUUAUCAGACAACGCAACAGCUUUUAGCAACAGAGCCAAGCAGCUUCGGAGACAGAUGUGGUGGCGAGGCUGCAAGAUGAAGGCAAUCAUAGCACUGGUGGCAGUCAUUAUCCUGCUCGUGGUCAUCGUACCUAUAGUCCUGAAGUACCAUACCUGACGGGGCAGCUGGAGGCUUCGGUGGAGCUUGCUCUGGGAUAACUUAACUGCUGUGUAAUUUAAGUGAGAUAUCUGUAUAUAGCUUUGAAGUUGUUUUUCUCCGAGAAGUGAGGAGGCGGCGGCAAGUAGCCAGUUCUAACGGAGCAUUUUAAGAACUGCCAAAUGACCCUUUUUUUUUUUUUUUCGGUUGAGUACCUGUUCCUGCUGUCAGACUCUUUUUAUAACAGUGGAUUCAGUUCCCAAACUGCCUGUUUUGUGUGGAAUUCCGGGUCUCUUGUUUGGAGCUGGCUACUUGUCACAACAGUUUAUCUGUAUAUAUGGUUGAGUUGCAAUAUUAAUACCCUUUUAAUAUUCCCCGCUGCCCACUGUGGAAGGCGGAGGGGACUCUGUCCUUUCAUCAAAGCGAAGGAGGGGAAAAAUGUCUGAAGAGGAAAAUACCACUAUAUUCCAGGGAACUGGAAUUGACCUUCCGUGGAGAACUGCAAAGGUGGUUCUGUUGUUCAA